UCUUUCCACCUACUCCAACGUCGACUAUACGUAGCGCGAAUCUCUCGUCGGUUUGGAGACUCGCUUUGCACCCACAGAGCGUCCCAUCGCUCGAGCCUUCCGGUCUGGAUCGCCAGCCCGAACCAUAUCGGAGAAGACCACGGAUUGCCUGCCACAGGUACACUUGGAGCCUGCCAGACGGAGCAGCCCUGAGUACGAAACAAGGCCAGCCAACCAGCCUGGGUAGGAGCGAGAUUUUGAUCGUCUAUUCUCUGGAACAGGAGUUUGGCGCCGCCUUUAUACAUUUGUACAGUUUGCAGCAUGGCUGCGCGUGAGAUAGCCCGCCAGUGGUUCAUACCCGGAGACGGUAUAGACCGCCAUGUGAUCUCCGCGGACAUCCAGCGCUACCUAGGAAACGAUGCGACUGUUCGGCCAGGUCUAGGUACCGGCGAGAAUGAGGGAGUCCAUGGCUACUGGAUCAAGGCGUACCGCAAUCUGACCACUGUAGGCUUCAAUCUGCUUAUAGCAAGGCCGUGUACUAAUACGAUGCGUCAGGCAAUGAUAGCGGACUUGCGUGCGGAUUCAGCGCGAUGGAAGCAGGAACAGCGCGUGCUAGGCGGAAGAGGUAGCAACAGUCCAGUCAUACACGACUCAUCAGGGAUCACAGUACCUGACCGAGACUUAACAGAUUACGUGCAGUCGUCGACAUAUCAAGCAGCCGUUGCUGGUGCGAGGCCGGACCGGCGUAGCGGCGACUCACCCACAGUAGAUGGCCCAUAUGGAGCGCCGCCUUCUUCGCGGGACAGAGACCACCGGAUGCCAAGUAGAAUGCCGAUCGACAGGGCGCACAACGAUCGGAUGGAUAUAGACCCGCCGGCGGUGUCUGCAUCCGACAGGAGAUACGGUCAGCCAGACCGCGGAUACCAGCCCGAUGGCCGAGCAUACCCAGUGGACAGGCCAAGCUAUCCCUCGGACAGUAGACCUGUAUACCCGCCGCAGGAUCCCAUAUCUGCGCCAUACGGUCGGCCCGCAGUAACUUCCGGAUAUGUACCUGAGCCACGGUAUGCUCCAAGCUACCAACCGCAGCCCAGUGACGGAGCACCUCCGGGAUACGUAAGACAGGGUGACUUCUUCGUGCCAGUGUCGGCUGCGUACAAUCCUGCGCCAGGCAUACCUAGUAGGUCAGAGCCACCACAGUUCCCAAGCGGCCCAUAUGGACAGCCUCAACCCUCAAGCCGGGAUCCGCGUGACCCAAGAGAUCUUCGUGACCCAAGAGACCUCCGGUACCCCAAUGAGCCGCCCGGCUACGCUGAUCCAAGCACGUACGGGAUACCUGGCUAUGACCAAUAUGGUCGACCCAUUCUGUCUCCGACGAGCCAAGCGGAGCGGAUUUUGCCACCCACCAGGGAGUCCACCCAUGGACAUGGCCGUGAGCGGGAGCGAGAGCGGGAACGUGACCGCGAAAGGGAAAGGCCGAUUGUGAGCUCCACGGCCGAUGGCCACCGUUCGAGCCGCCGGCGGAUGCAGUAGCCUGACGGGUACACAUACUUCUCCGCUUCGGAGUGCCAUGCGAGAGUUGAGUUGUCAGCAUCGCCUCCGGAACCGUAUCAUCCCAUAGGCAAUGAGGCCGAGUGUUUGUCAGCGGACUCAGUCGGCUCCGGCGUCUACAGCUAUGUAAAUCUUAUGCGGCCCCCAGGAGCGCUCCAUGGACUGGAUGCAUGGUCACGUUUACCACACGCAGCUACCGGAGCUGCACAGCAGCUUUCGCAUGACCAUUCACGUAGCCUUACGAUUACAAGAUCGGCCAUCGACACCUGGUUAAUGUGCGGUCUAACUUGCCAGCAGAUUGUCGGGGUUCUGUGGAUUUUUCGUUUUGCAUUUACAAUGGAGCUUGGUGGACCUUGUGUUAGACAACCAUUGCGUAACCCGCAAGUCGGGAAGGAACAACCGCGGACUAAUCUAUGUCAAGCUAAUCGGAAACGGCUCCGUACGGAACGAUCAACUUCAACCGCGGUAUUAC